AGGAGUGGGACCCGCUGAGCUCUGAGAACACGACCAUCCUGGGGCGUGCAGUGCCAGCUUGGCUGAGGCUCUGGACAUCGCGGGCCUCGCGCCUCUUCCAAUCACCCGCAGACCCCAAGAGCAUAAUGAGUGGCUGUUCUGUCUCCCUGAGUUUUGGGGUCAUUUUCUAUGUGGCCACAUUAACUGGGACAUACUGUGUCUCCUUUAGCUUCUCCAUCCGCGCCACACCUGGUCCUGGUCUCUGGUCAGGGCCAAGACCCGGGGCAGGGGCCCUCCAGCCGCUGCCUCCUGUUGGAGCGGCGCUCCUGCCAGAGCCUCGGAUCCGCACGGUGCUUUUGCCGCGGCCUCAGCCGGGACCUCGAAUUUCCAGACCUCUCCUCAUGAGUGAACAGCCCCAGACGACCAGCUGAACCGCGAGCCUCGGAUGCCACUCCAGAGCCAGGCCAGAGAUGACGUCCCCGGGGUCUGGCCCAUCACCCAGCACCUCGAUGGCCACCAAGGAGCUAUCUCUGGCCAGGCUGUGCGCCCAGGUAGACCUGUGUCUGGGCUGCGCCCGCUGCACUCAGCGCCUCAAUGAGAGCACCUACCUUCUGCGCAGGGUGGAGCACCGCUGUCCCCAGGAGAUCCUGCUGGCCCGCCUCAAGCAAGGGGCCAAGAGGCAUGUGUGGCGCAAGGUAGACCGCCGGCCCAGCUUCCCGCAUCCUGCCCGCUACGAGGUGUGCCGCUACUACAGCCCAGGGCUGGGCUGCCGGCGCCACCGCCACCACUGCACGUUUGCCCGGAGCCGCGAGGAGGCGCUGGUCUGGACCUUUGAGCGCGAGCAAAAUGUCCGGCGGCUGUGGCUCAAGUCCGAGCUGCAGGGCAGCGGGGCCCAGGGCCACCCGAGCAGCCCAGCGGACACCAUCCGUGCCGAGUACGGCGGCCACUUCCAGCUGCUCUGUGCCCACUGCUUCCGCAGCUGCCCGCCACGCCUCUGCCCUGUGGACUCCCAGGGGCGGUGCGCCCAGCACGGAGCCUGCCCUUCGCUGCUGACCCACGUGAGCCCCGAGGGCCGCCGCCGGCAGCAGGUGGUGGAGGUGCGGCCGCAGCCCCAGUACGGUCAGCCGCUGGCCUACUGCAGGUUCGUGGGGCGCGGGCGGCCCUGCCGGCACGGGGCGGCCCGCUGCCAGUACGCGCACAGCGCCGUGGAAAUGGCCGUGUGGGAGGCCGAGCAGCUGGAGGGGCUCCAGAGGCAGGACCUGCUCUCGCCCCCUGGCCCCAGGGAAGAGGGGCGCCCGGCCCCCCGCGGCCAGCCCUCCGGGGCCGAGCUGUACUGCCGUGCCUGCCUGGUCACCUGCGGCUCCCAGGAGGCCUUUGAGAACCACUGCUCGUCCCCGGAGCACGCGUGGAUGGUGGCCUCGGACCUGGCCGUGCCCUGGAAACACCGCAGCCCGCCCGCUGGGCUCUCCGUGUUUGAGCUCUGCCCGAAAUCCGCGCUCUGUGAGUACGGGGACGUCUGCACCAAGGCGCAUUCGGACCAAGAGCUGCAGGAGUGGGUCCAGCGGGCGCAGAGCGUGGCGCUGCGGGAGGAGGCCGCGUGGCAGGAGGGGCUGGCACCUUACCAGGCACGGCUGCUGGCCGAGUACCAGCACAGCAGCAGCGAGGUCCUCGUGCUGACUGGGACCGUCCCCGGCGUGUCCAUCACCUGUGCCCAGCCCCCGGUGCAUCGGGCGCACGGGAAGAAAACUCAGCACAGCUGGACAUUCGACAUCCACUCUGAGGAGCCCCUGCUGCACGUGGCGCUGCUCAAGCAGGAGCUCGGAGCUGACUUCUGGCUGGCAGCGCCCUGCCUCCCGCCGGGCCAGCGCUACGCUUGCGGGGAGCGCUUCCGCGUGCCAGCCUCGCCAGCCAGGUUCCGGGUGCGGGUGCGCGUGCGCAGUUCCACCUUCGGCGCCUUCGAGCAGUGGGUGGUCUUCGACUUUGGCCGCAGGCCAGUGCUGCUGCGGAAGCUGGCGCUGCAGCUGGGCCAGGCACAGGGCCCGGGGCCCCGGGAGGGGACGGCAUGCAGCCGCCCCCAGGAGCUGCUGCGCUGGCACUCUGGCAACCGCCACGUGGUGCCGGGCGUGGAGCGAACCACCGAGCAGGUGGCCCUGCUGGCCAAGUACAAGGUGCCUGACCUGGCCCUCGACUUCAGUCCCAGUGGCCUGGCCCCAGGGCCCAUCUCCUGCACCAACUACCGCCAGAGGAUGCACCAGUUCCUCUAUGAGGAGGAAGGCGCACAGCAACAGCUGGUGGCCAAGCUGAACUUCCGGGGCCCUGUGUCCCUGAGGACCGCGCUGCAGACGCCGGCCCUGGGCAUGGUCUUCCCACCGCCGGGAGCCCUCUACGCCGAGGUGCCCACGCCCUCCUCUCUGACGCCAGACACAGACCAGGGCUUUCUGCUGAGCCGGGCGGUCAGCACAGCCCUUGUGGCGCCCGUGCCCGCGCCUGACGACACAGUGUUCGAGGUGCGGCUAGAGGCCCAGGCCAGCUCGGAGGAGGCGCUGUGGCUGCUGCUCCCCGCCCGCUGCUGCGAGGCCCUGCGUCUGCGGCCCGACACCAGCCCCGUCCUGGAGGUGCAGUUCCAGAUCGACCCGCUGACCUUCCGCUUCUGGCACCAGGCGGUGGACGCGCUGCCCGAGGAGCGCCUGGUGGUGCCCCACCUGCCCAGCUGCGACCUGCCGCGCCCCCUGCCCACGCCGCCCACGCUGCGCGGCAACAGCAAGCAGAAGUUGGCAGUGGGGUUCAUUGCGGGCAGCAGCCCCAGGGGCGGGCGGCCCGUUGCCCCGCUGCUCAUCUACGGCCCUUUUGGCACCGGCAAGACCUACACGCUGGCUAUGGCCUCCCUGGAGGUCAUCCGGCAGCCGCACACCAAGGUGCUCAUCUGCACGCACACCAACAGCGCGGCCAACAUCUACAUCACGGAGCAUUUCCACGGCUAUGUCAGCAGCGGCCACCCCGAGGCCACGCCGCUCCGCGUGAUGUACACGGACCGCCCGCCGGGCCAGACGGACGCGGCCACACUGCGGUACUGCUGCCUGACCGCGGACGGCCGGGCCUUCCGCCUGCCCACGCGGGCCGAGCUGGAGCGGCACCGCCUCGUGGUCACCACCACCUCCCAGGCCCGCGAGCUCAGGGUGCCCGCCGGCUUCUUCUCGCACAUCCUCAUCGAUGAGGCCGCCCAGAUGCUGGAGUGCGAGGCGCUCACCCCGCUGCGCUAUGCGGUGCCCCACACCCGCGUGGUGCUGGCCGGUGACCACAUGCAGGUCACGCCCAAGCUCUUCAGCGUGGCGGGGGGCCGGGCGGCGGGGCACACGCUGCUGUACCGCCUCUUCCAGCACUACCAGCAGGAGGCGCACGAGGCGGCCCGGCGCAGCCGCAUCAUCUUCCACGAGAACUACCGCUCCACCGAGGCCAUCCUCCGCUUCGUGUCGCGGCACUUCUACGUGGCCAAGGGCAACCCCAUCCACGCCAGCGGGCAGGUCCCUCGCCACCCCCAGCACUACCCGCUCGUGUUCUGCCAUGUGGCGGGCAACCCCGAGCGUGACCUGUCAAGGACGUCCUGGCUCAACACGGCUGAGAUCGCCCAGGUCAUCGAGAAGGUGCAGGAGGUCUACGCCACCUGGCCCCACUGCUGGGGCAGCCGGGAGCAGAGGCACAUCUGCGUGGUGUCCCACGGCGCCCAGGUGAGCGCGCUAAGGCAGGAGCUGAGGAGGAAGGACUUGGGCCAGGUGUCCGUGGGCAGCUUCGAGGUCCUGCCAGGGCGUGAGUUCCGGGUGGUGGUGCUGAGCACCGUGCACAGCCAACACAGCCUGCAGAGCCCCGAGGCCCCCGCCCUGGGCUUCUUCACGGACGCCCGCGUGCUCAAUACGGUCAUGACACGCGCCCAGUCCCAGGUGGUGGCUGUGGGCGACGCUGUGGCCCUCUGCUCCUUUGGGGCCUGUGGCAAGCUCUGGAAGAGCUUCAUCUGUGAGUGUGUGAAGCAUCGCAGUGUCUUCCCCGAGGAUCUGUCGCUGGCGCACAUCGAGCAGGGUGUGGUCCACAGGCGGCACUGGGCCCUCAGAGCAGAGCCGAUGCUGGCAGCCGUGGUGCAGGGCACUGUCCCAGAGGAGGGGGCAGCCGAGGGCUCGGCUACGGAGUGCACAGCCACGGAAAAGGUGGAGCUAGGGGCCGUGGCCGAAGGCGGUACCUUCCUGUCCGGGACCACAGCCGCAGGAGACGCGGCCACACGGACGACAGAGGCUGGGGAUACAGCGUCGGGGUCUGCGGCCGGGGGGCGCCCAGCAGCAGGGGACACGGAGGCGGAGGACACGGCAUCCGAAGGGAGCUCAGCAAGGGGCAACGUGGCGGCAGGGCCGGCAGCCACGGAAAGCAGGGACCCCGAGGACCCUGAGGACUCGGAUUCUGACUUCUGGCCUGACAGCGAGCUCAACGCUGACGACCCCAUCCUACAGGAGCUGCUGGACGAAGGCCGGAAGGUGACGGUGACUGUCCGGGAAGAUGGGCUUCUGGACACCAUUGCCAGGCCCGAGUCCCCGCACCAGGCCUGGGGGUACACGAACCUGCCGCGGGCCCGGCUGCGGAAACUGCUCCGCUCAGAGCCUCAGCGGUUCCGCCACUGCGCCUUCGUGCAGGAGACCUUCGAGAGGGCGACGGCCUUCCCGCUGGACGACGUGGACCCCAGCCCCAUCCAGGUCCGGGGGCGCUUGCGCUGCGGCAUGGCCUUCAGCGGGGACGAGGUGCUGGUGGAGGUCCCUGGUGGAGACACGGACGCCUCGGGGAGGCUGCAGGGCCGCGUGGUGGGAGUGCUGAAGAGGAGACGCCGGGAGCUGGUGUUCGUGUGCCGCAUGGAUGAGUGGGACCCCCGCAUCAUGACCCCCAUCGACGGCUCCGUGCCGAAGAUCUUCGUGGCCGAGCUGAGAGACCCUCUGCAGGUGCCCAUCCACCGCGUCCUAAAGGGCCGUGUGCAGCGGGCGGGGCUCGAGCGGCUCCCGGCCGAGGCUCGGCGCAGCCGGCUCUUCCGCGUGCAGAUCGUCCUGUGGCGGCAGCGUUUCUACUACCCGCUGGGCGUCGUCCUGGAGCUGCUGCCUGAGGCCAGCACCUGGGAGCAGGGCCUGCGCGCCCUGGACCUGGAGCACGGCCUGGGGAAGCCCUUGCCAGAGCUGGCUGCCACCUGCAGGGCCCCGCAGAAGCACCGGGCACCCGGCCGCCGGGAGGACUGCCGCGGCUUCCUGACCUUCACCGUGGACCCCCAGGGGGCUCGCAACCUGGACGACGCCCUCAGCGUCCGAGAUCUGGGCCCUGUGUACGAAGUGGCCGUGCACAUCGCCGACGUGGCCAGCUCUGUCCCCAGGGACGGGGCUCUGGACGUGGAGGCCCGCAGGCGGGGCACCGCGUUCUACGCCCCCGACCGGGAGCCGGUGCCCAUGCUGCCAGACAGCCUCUGCCAGGACGUGCUCAGCCUCUUGCCUGGCCAGGACCGCUUGGCUAUCUCCCUCUUCCUCACGGUCGAGAAGGGCAGUGACCAGCUCAAAAGCCUGCGCUUCGCGCCCUCUGUGAUCUGCUCUGACCGCCAGCUGUCGUACGAGGAGGCUGAGCGUGUUAUCAAGGGGCACCCAGGUGCCGGCCGGGAGCUGCCAGCCCGGCUGGACUCCGUGGAGGCCUGCGUGGUGGCUGCCUGCCACCUCUCCCGGGCGCUGCGCCGGCGCCGCCUGCGGAUGGACUCCCACUACGAGCAGCCGGCCGAGGACUGUGUGCUGGGCUUCCGUGUGGCCCACGUCAUGGUCAAAGAGUACAUGAUCCAGUUCAACAGCCUGGCAGCCGAGCUCCUGGUGAGCAGUGAGCGCACGCGGACGGUCACGCCGCUGCGCUGGCAGCCCGCACCCAGUGACCGCCAGCUCGCAGCCCUGCGCGAGAAGCACGGAGAGCUGGUGCCCCUGUCACUGCACCUCCGCCACCACCUGGGGGGCCAUGGUCCCCCCGCCACGCAGCUCUGCCUUCUGACCUCCCUGUGGAGGCAGGUCCAGCUCGCAGCCGGUGCCCACGACGGUGACCGUCUGGCGGACCUCAUCACCACGGAUGACAUGCACCCUUCCCUGGCACCCGUGGGCCUCGACCUCCGCAAGGCCCUGGGCCGCUCCACGUUGGGCCGCUCCCGCCAGGACCAAGGGCAGGCGGCUGGCCACUACGGGCUGCAGGUGGACCAGUACACGUGGGCGACCUCACCCAUCCGCAGGUACCUGGACGUGGUGCUGCAGCGGCUGAUCCUGCUAGUGCUGGGCCACGGGGGCUCUGCCUACUCCGCCAGGGACAUCGAUGGGCUGUGCCAGGAGUUCAGCCUUCAGCACGGGCGCGCCCAGAGCUACGAGCGCCGGGCCCGGAGCCUGUACCUCGCGGUCCAGCUCAAGGCCCAAUCGCGCAGCAAGCUGGGCUUCGCGCUGGACGUGGAGGCGGGUGCCCGCUGCUUCAAGGUACUCUUCCCAGCCCACCGCGAGAGCCUGCCCGACCCGUGCCCUGUCUACCACCGCGCCCUGCAGCUGGCCGAGCACCCCUGCCGCUUGGCGAGGCAGCCGGGCCUGCGGCUGUCAUGGCGGCGCCGCAUCUACUCAGUGCAGGCGGACCGGCCGUGCUCCCCACUGCCCGGCACGCUGCUCGACCCGCACACCUGGCCCAUGGACGCCGCCCUGUGGCAGCAGCUGCUGCAGCUGGUGGAGGAGCAGCAGUGGCCGCAGGCCGUGGCCCUAAUACAGGAGCGCGGUGCCACGGAGCCCCGGCGGCGGGAGCUGGGGCGGGUGCGGCGGAGCCACUGCGGCCACUUCGUGGAGGUGGUCCGGGAGCUGGGCCCGGGGGACACGCUGCAGGUGCAGCUCAGCGCCACGCUGCAGCGCGGGUUCCUGACACCGACCCUGCAGCUGUGGACCGUGGCACCCGGCCUCACCCUCUGCCUGGAGCACGUGGAGCGGCCGGGUGACUGCUUCUCGGGCCAGAUGCCCCAGGCGGGGCGGGACCGGUAUCCUGACGUGGGCGAGUACUGCGGCGUGUGGGGGCCCUUCUGCUCCCUGGAGGCCGCCACGGGCGCGGUCGCGGAGAACGACUCCGUCACGCUGCAGCACGUGAGGGUGUUCUGGGACGCAGAGCGGACGCCGCGGGGGCAGCUGUGGGGCACCUUCUACCUGGAGCCCUCCUUCCUCAGUGAGCACUGCACUGACCUCAGUUUCAGGCACUGCUACCUGUGCAUCCGGCUCGAGGGGCUGCCGGCCGGGCCCGAUGCUGGGCCUGGCCAGCCUCCCCCGGCCGCCCCGGCCUGCAGGCCCAGCACUGAGCCCUUCCUGAGCAUCGACCCCGACAUGUACACCUGGGUGGCCCAUGGGCUGACAGAAGACCGGGACUUGAGAGAGAGCCAGGCGGACCGGCAGGAGAUCCCCAAGCAGGUACACUUCUUCAUCCAGCACAUGGCCAUGGAGAAGGUUCCAGAAGAGGUGCUGAGGCCUGACACCCGUUUCACCAUUGAGGUGCUGCCCAGGCAGCUUCCUGACAUCCGCAAGGAGGAAGCCGUGUAUGGGCUGACGGACAAGUUCCCGCUGGUCAUCAGCAUCGCGCUGGGCCGGCCCAUCCCUGUGCACGGCCCGCAGGCCCUCUGCAGGGGGACCUACAGUAGGUUCCUGAAGAAGCAGACGUUUGACCUGCCCGGAUGCCGCCACACGCUGAACCCCAGCCAGAACGGGGCCAUCCGCGAGGCUCUGAGGAAGCCGUUCACAGUGAUCCAGGGCCCCCCAGGCGCGGGGAAGACGGUGGUGGGCUUCCACAUUGUGUUCUGGUUUCACAAGUCAAACGAAGAGCAGGUGGGGGCCUGUGGCCCCCCCAAUGGGGAGAAGCAGCCGGGGGGCCCCUGCAUCUUGUACUGCGGCCCCUCCAACAAGUCGGUGGACGUGCUGGCAGGGCUGCUCCUGAGCAGGAGAACGGAGCUGAAGCCUCUUCGAGUGUACAGUGAGCAGGCGGAGGCCACGGAGUUCCCGAUGCCGGGCGUGGGCGGCAAGGGUCUGCCCAAGAAAGCCCCUCGGGAGGGGCGUCCCAACCAGACCCUCAGGAGCAUUACCCUGCACCACAGGAUCCGGCAGCCUUCCAACCCCCACGCACCACACAUCAGGGCAUUUGACGCCCGGCUGCAGAAAGGGGAGGUCUUUUCCAAGGAGGAUCUCAGCUUGUACAAGACGGUCCUGGGGCUGGCACGGAAGUUCGAGCUGGACCGGCACACGGUCAUCUUGUGCACCUGCUCGUGCGCGGCCCUAGCCAGCCUCAAGAAGCUGGAUGUCCGGCAGGUCCUCAUCGAUGAGGCUGGCAUGGCCACAGAGCCAGAGACCCUCAUCCCUCUGGUGAAGUUCCCGAAGGCUGAGAAGGUGGUUCUCCUUGGGGACCACAAGCAGCUGCGGCCUGUGGUCAAGAACGAGCAGCUGCAAAACCUGGGGCUGGACCGGUCUCUCUUCGAGAGGUACCACGCGGAGGCCUACCUGCUGGACACGCAGUACCGCAUGCACAAGGACAUCUGUACCUUCCCGUCCGUGGAGUUCUACAAGGGGGCGCUGAAGACCUGGCAGGGCCUGAGGCGGCCGCCCAGCAUCCUCGGCCAUGCCGACAAGAAGAGCUGCCCUGUCAUUUUUGGCCACGUGCAAGGCCAUGAACAGAGCUUGCUGGUGUCCACGGAUGAAGGGAAUGAAAACUCCAAGGCCAACCUGGAGGAGGUAGCCGAGGUGGUCCGCAUCGCCAAGCAGCUGACCCUGGGCAGGACAGUGGAGCCCAAGGACGUUGCGAUUCUCACUCCUUACAACGCUCAGGCUGCAGAGAUCAGCAAGAGGCUUGUGCAGGAGGGCGUCGCUGGAGUGACUGUGUGCUCUGUCACCAAGAGCCAGGGAAGCGAGUGGCGCUACGUGCUGGUGAGCACGGUCCGCACGUGCCCGGAGAGUGACCUGGACCAGCGGCCGACUAAGAGCUGGCUUAAGAAGUUCCUGGGCUUUGUUGUGGACCCCAACCAAGUGAACGUGGCCAUCACCCGGGCCCAGGAGGGGCUCUGCCUCCUCGGAGACCACCGCCUCCUGCGUUGUUGCCCUCUCUGGCGUAGAUUCUUGGACUUCUGUGAAGCCCAGCAGAGCCUUGUGGCCGCCAACCAAGUGCAAGUUCGGAGGAGGCCAGCCGUGUCUCACUGAAGAGCCCUCUCCACAUGCCCACUGCUCUCAAGCCGCCAAGACUUGGAGGACAACUUCCGUGCCCUCUUCUGAGGGCUCCUUGCCAGGCACCACUCAGGAGCGUCCCAUGUGCUUUCAGUGGGCACUGCUGGCCACCCCGCCUACCGGCCUGGGUUUCUGAGGCCGACUUCUGAGCAAUAAUCUCCUUCCGGAGUCUUGGCCUCCCCCAGGGCGGAGAGCAGCCAGGCCCCAGCGUGCACUGGGGAGGAGACUCCUCUCCCCACUGAGCCUUUCCGCCGGAAAUUUGGUGACAGGGGACAUCUCAGGGGUCAAGGGCUGCGGGGAGGUCCUCUGGACCCUCUGGGGUUGCUGGGGAGGCGUGGGGUCAGAAGGAAAUCCUGCUGAAGCUACUCUUUGGUCUUUGAGCCCAUCCCUGAGCACACUGGGUACCGGCUGUGGAGCUCAGCUUGUCUUUCUUCCCUUUCUUUCUUUCCUCUUUUGUCUUCCUACCUUCCUUCCUUCCCUUCUCUCUGGCUCCAUGCCCA